GAUCCGGAUCCGGAGCGGCUGAAAGGCGGAAGUGGAGGCCGGAGCCUGGGACACCGCCGGGGGUGGGGGGGAAGAGGAGCGGAGUCUGUGGGAGCCCCGGCCCAAGUAACGCUGCUGCCCCGGAGCCGCGUUGGAGACCUCCCUUCCCAUUAAGUGCCUCUUUGCAAAGCACUGGCCCCACCCCCACACUCACUGGUACUACUACAGAGCAGCGCGCCAUGGCGGGUCGAGGAGGUGCAGCACGACCCAAUGGACCAGCUGCUGGCAACAAGAUCUGUCAGUUUAAGCUGGUCCUCUUGGGCGAGUCUGCAGUGGGCAAAUCCAGCCUGGUCCUCCGCUUUGUCAAGGGGCAGUUCCACGAGUACCAGGAGAGCACAAUUGGAGCGGCUUUCCUCACACAGACUGUCUGCUUAGACGAUACAACGGUCAAGUUUGAGAUCUGGGACACAGCUGGCCAAGAGCGAUAUCACAGCCUAGCCCCGAUGUACUACCGGGGGGCCCAAGCAGCCAUUGUGGUCUAUGACAUCACCAACACAGAUACGUUUGCACGGGCUAAGAAUUGGGUGAAGGAGUUACAGAGACAGGCCAGCCCCAACAUCGUCAUUGCACUAGCGGGUAAUAAAGCAGACCUGGCCAGCAAGAGAGCUGUGGAGUUUCAGGAAGCACAAGCCUAUGCAGAUGACAACAGUUUGCUGUUCAUGGAGACGUCUGCGAAGACUGCAAUGAACGUGAAUGAAAUUUUCAUGGCAAUAGCUAAGAAGCUUCCCAAGAAUGAGCCCCAGAAUGCAGCUGGUGCUCCAGGCCGAAACAGAGGACCAUCUGCUGAUUCUGGCAACAGCUAG